AUGGUACUUUCAAACUAUUCUAUAGACGCAUACUACAAGAUGACAAGAAUUGCGAAUACAAUAUUCUUUCCACUUUUCUUGGUUUCUGUUCCCCUGUACUGCCUUGCUUACUACGGUGUAUUUAUUGGGUACCUAGUCUAUGAAGGGCCUGUGUAUCUGCCGGACUCUUUAUAUUGCAUAUCUUACUGUACGGUUCGGUGUUUUAGCUUAAUCUUGCUGGGGAAUGUUCUGGCUGCGUCUGUGUAUUCUGUGAUCAACUUAUUCUCGCCUUAUUAUUUGGCGAAGUGUGCUGCGUAUCUUAUAAGCCUGCUUACACUGCCUUUUAUCAUGCUGGUGGUUUAUUUGUCGGUUUAUUACGUGAGUGGGAGUAUUUGGGAGAAUGUUUUGAAUAUUAUACAGGGCUCUACGACAAUUAUGUUUGGGGGAGUGCUUGUUUCCUUGAUACCUCCAUUUUGCCGCAGGCGGGCGCACAGGAUGGCAGGCAUACUUUUGUCUGGGAUGAAUGCAUGUAAGAUUGCCGUGCACUCUGUUAUUUGGGAGGCAGCACAUUUAUCUUUUGUGCCAGGCGGGUUCAGUCUGCUGUAUUUGGUGAUCGUGCGGAUGCACUGGAUGUGGAUGAGCUCAAUUGAGGUCUCUGAAUUUGCGAGUUUCUGCCACAGGUUUAUAUGCAUAGGAUCUGGUGCCUUCAUUCGGAUAUAUUUUACGCUAAUUGUGUUCAAGCGAAUAUUCAAGGUGAAUUACAUUGAGAAACUAAGGCGAAAGCUGGUUCUGCUGUUUGCGAGUGGAUUUUUGUUUAGUAUUUUAGGGGCUUUGGUCACUGGAGAGUGUCUGCCCAUAGAAAAGUACAGCACAAUUAUUCUUCCUUUUUUGUUCUACGCUCUGAAGCUUUCUUUUUCGUACUGGGUGCCAUUUAAAGUGCUUCUUCUGAAUAAAUCCUUUGAAGAUGUCUCUGUCAUUAGUAAAAGAAGCUGGAUGAAAAACAACAAAAUGCACUUUGUGUAUUUUGAAGUGGGCAGGUGCAUAUUCAUGCUAUUUGUGACCCUUCUGCCUCUGUGCAUUACGUACUACAUAUUUGAAAGCUACCACGGAGACACGACAUCUGAGAUAUCGAUUACGCUUUCUUUCAUGCGAAUGACAUUUUCUUACCUGUUCAACGGGAUGGAGGCUGCUGUGCUUAUUAUUUACAUUGGGCAGCGUCUCUCUUUGCCACAAAAAGUCGCAAAGCGUGUCACAUAUACAGAUAUAAUCCACAUGUACAGGCCAUCCAUGUUUAUAGCGCACAGAACAGAGCCCAGUUAG